AUGGAGUAGAAUACAAAAGUUAAUUAAGAAUAUGUAAGUGAUAAACUUAUCCUUUAGUUUAAAAAGCUGAAAUUAAUCCAGAAGAAAAUGGAAGACAUAAAAGCUGAUUAAAGUCCAAGUGUAAUUAAGUAUAUGGUAAGAAGAAAAAGUGCAGAAGAAGUCUAGACCCCUUUACAUGAUGUUGAAUUUAAUCAGGAGAAAAAGAAAAAGAAAUUAUUGCUUUUCAAAACAUUCUAAAAAGUUGUUAUUGACCCAAUCAUCAAAUUGGAUGAAAUAAAUGAAGAAAAAUGGGCAAUAAUGUCCAACAACUAUAAAUCAUUAAUUGAAAAAUCAAGGCAAAGUCUCUCAAAACACAGUCAAAUAUUUUCACCUCCUAAAGCAACAAAGGAACACCAUAAGUUUUAGUUUCUAACUCGAAGAUAAUCAAUAGAAUUUCGACUUCGUGAAAUUGCUACUACUCCAAGCAAUCAUUCAUCUGUAUCUCCCAUAAAAAUCAUGUCUAAUCCUCAACUUGCAGAUCCUAAUUAUGAUAGAUUCAAAAAGUAUUAUCAGAAAAUAGGGAUUGUAGCUGAUAAUCCUGUGCAAAUGAAGUUCAAAUAAUUAAUGUCUACUCCAGUAGCUCCUUAGAAAAGAAAGGAAAAAAGUUAGCAUUCUUGUAAUAAUUCCUAAUAACAUUCAUCUUCUCCUCCAAAGACUAGAACUCUCCAUCUCAAAGCCAAUCAUAAUUCGCUAUACUUGUAGGAGAUCAAAGAGAUCUGUUCAGUUGCAUAGAACUAUUAAGCGCAUGUGAAAUAAGAUGAGAGGAUUUAAAUUCAUUAAACCAGCAAAUAAAUGGGGUACAUAUAAGCAGAAUUCAAUAAAUUCCACAACAUGUUAACAACAGAUUUAGAAAGAUUAGAUUUUUAUGAUGAGAAGAAAUGA